GCCUUUCUCAACGCCGCAACAAGCUUCAUUUCGACAAACAUGGCGAUAGUUCUCCGUGACGCCACCGAAGCCGACGUUCCAUUGAUCUAUGACUUCAUCCAUGAACUGGCGACGUACGAAAAGCUAGCGCAUGCGCAUGUGGGCACUCACGAGGACCUCCGCGACACUCUGUUUCGACACAAGUAUGCGCACGUCGUCCUUGCGUCCGUGGACGGCGCCGAAGUGGGCUUUGCCUUGUUCUACUUUAACUAUUCCGCGUUCCUCAGCAAGCCUGGUCUGUACCUCGAAGACCUGUACGUGCGACCCAGCGUCCGCGGACAAGGCGUCGGCACCACCCUGAUGAAGCACCUGGCGGCGCUGGCUUUGGCAAAGGGAUGUCGCCAUAUGAAUUGGAGUGCCAUCGACUGGAAUACCCCCGCGAUCAACUUCUACGUGGGUAAGACGGUUGGCGCCACCCUCAUGAACGAGUGGAAGAUGUUCCGGCUGCAAGAUGACAGUUUAACGCGAUUUGCCGCCACGACCACGACUGAAUAGUGCCAUCAAAAUGCCAGAAACGAGCGGCCAGGACGACAUAUAUGUACCUCUACACUAUCUGCGCGAUGCAUCGUUAUCCGAAAGCUAUAAUCCACUGAACUCUGUUAAUGUGCUUUUCAG